CAUGUCAUGGUUUAGUGGCCUCCUGGUCCCCAAAGUGGAUGAACGAAAAACAGCCUGGGGAGAGCGCAAUGGACAGAAGCGCCCACGUCGGGGGCCCCGGGCCAGUGGCCUCUGCGCGCCGCGCUACAUGAGCUGCCUGCAGGGUCCAGAGCCAGCCAGCCCCAGCCCUGCAGCUCCUGCCCGGUGCCCCUGGCAGGAUGAAGCCUUCAUCCGGAGGGCCGGGCCAGGCAAGGGCAGGGAGCUGGGGCUGCGGGCCGUGGCCCUGGGCUUCGAGGACACUGAGGUGCCUCUCGCAGCGGCACCCGACGUCGCACGCAGGAGUGGCUGGUCGUGCCGGCGCCGCCUGGCACGGGUGUUCCAGUCAAAGCAGUUCCGCUCGGCCAAGCUGGAGCGCCUGUAUCAGCGCUACUUCUUCCAGAUGAACCAGAGCAGCCUGACGCUCCUGAUGGCAGCGCUCCUGCUGCUUGUGCUGGUGCUGCUGGCCUUCCACACGGCGCCGGCCAGUCCGCAGCCUGCCUAUGUGGCCCUGCUGGCCUGUGCCGCCACCCUGUUUGUGGCCCUCAUGGUGGUGUGCAACCGACACAGCUUUCGCCAGGACUCCAUGUGGGUGGUGAGCUACGUGGUGCUGGGCAUCCUGGCAGCUGUGCAGGUCGGGGGCGCCCUGGCAGCCCACCCGCGCAGCCCCUCAGUGGGCCUCUGGUGCCCCGUGUUCUUCGUGUACAUCACCUACACGCUCCUGCCCAUCCGCAUGCGGGCCGCCGUGCUUAGCGGCCUGGGCCUCUCCACCCUACAUUUGGUCCUGGCCUGGCAACUCAGCCGAGGCGACACUUUCCUCUGGAAGCAGCUCGGUGCUAACGUGGUACUGUUCCUCUGCACCAACGUCAUUGGCAUCUGCACACAUUACCCAGCCGAAGUAUCUCAGCGCCAGGCCUUUCAAGAGACCCGCGGUUACAUCCAGGCUCGGCUGCACCUGCAGCAUGAAAACCGGCAGCAGGAACGGCUGCUGCUGUCAGUGCUGCCCCAGCACGUUGCCAUGGAGAUGAAAGAAGACAUCAACACCAAGAAGGAAGACAUGAUGUUCCACAAGAUCUACAUCCAGAAGCACGACAAUGUCAGUAUCCUGUUUGCGGACAUUGAGGGCUUCACCAGCCUGGCCUCCCAGUGCACUGCGCAGGAGCUGGUCAUGACAUUGAAUGAACUCUUUGCCCGGUUUGACAAGCUGGCUGCGGAAAAUCAUUGCCUGAGGAUCAAGAUCUUAGGGGACUGUUACUACUGUGUGUCAGGGCUGCCGGAGGCCCGGGCAGACCAUGCCCACUGCUGUGUGGAGAUGGGGGUGGAUAUGAUCGAGGCCAUAUCGCUGGUGCGUGAAGUAACAGGCGUGAACGUGAACAUGCGCGUGGGCAUUCACAGUGGGCGCGUGCACUGUGGCGUCCUUGGCCUGAGGAAAUGGCAGUUUGAUGUGUGGUCCAAUGAUGUGACUCUGGCCAACCACAUGGAGGCGGGAGGCCGGGCCGGCCGCAUCCAUAUCACCCGGGCCACGCUGCAGUACCUGAAUGGGGACUACGAGGUCGAGCCGGGCCGUGGCGGUGAGCGGAAUGCCUACCUCAAGGAGCAGCGCAUCGAGACCUUCCUCAUCCUGGGAGCCAGCCAGAAACGGAAAGAAGAGAAGGCCAUGCUGGCCAGGCUGCAGCGGACCCGGGCCAAUUCCAUAGAGGGGCUGAUGCCACGCUGGGUACCUGACCGAGCCUUUUCCCGGCCCAAGGAUUCCAAGGCCUUUCGCCAGAUGGGCAUUGAUGAUUCCAGCAAAGACAACCGGGGUGCUCAGGACACUCUGAACCCUGAGGAUGAGGUGGAUGAGUUCCUGGGCCGUGCGAUUGAUGCGCGCAGCAUCGACCAGCUGCGGAAGGACCACGUGCGCCGGUUUCUGCUCACCUUUAAGAGCGAGGAUCUUGAGAAGAAGUACUCACGCAAGGUGGAUCCCCGCUUUGGGGCCUACGUUGCCUGUGCCCUGCUGGUGUUCUGCUUCAUCUGCCUCAUCCAGCUCCUUGUCUUCCCCCACUCCACCCUGAUGUUUGUGAUCUACGCCAGUGUCUUCCUGCUGUUGCUGCUCACCGUGCUGAUCUGUGCUGUGUACUCCUGUGGCUCUCUAUUCCCCAAGGCCCUGCAGCGUCUGUCCCGAAGCAUCGUUCGCUCUCGGGCACACAGCACCGCAGUUGGCAUCUUUUCAGUCCUGCUUGUAUUCAUCUCUGCCGUUGCCAAUAUGUUCACCUGUAACCACACACCUAUACGGACCUGUGCAGCCCGGAUGCUGAAUUUAACUCCUGCUGACAUCACCGCAUGCCACCUGCAGCAGCUCAAUUACUCUCUGGGCCCUGAUGCUCCCCUGUGUGAGGGCGCCGCACCCACCUGCAGCUUCCCCGAGUACUUCACUGGGAACAUGUUGCUGAGUCUCCUGGCCACUUCUGUCUUUCUGCACAUCAGCAGUAUUGGCAAGCUGGCCAUGAUCUUCAUCUUGGGGCUCAUCUAUCUGGUGCUGCUUUUGCUGGGUCCCCCAGCCACCAUCUUUGACAAUUAUGACCUGCUGCUUGGUGUCCAUGGCUUGACUUCUUCCAAUGGGACCUUCAGUGGGCUAGACUGCCCAGCUGUAGGGCGGGUGGCACUGAAACACAUGACGCCUGUGAUCCUGCUGGUGUUUGCCCUCGCGCUGUAUCUGCACGCCCAGCAGGUGGAGUCGACUGCCCGCCUGGAUUUCCUCUGGAAACUGCAGGCGACGGGGGAGAAGGAGGAGAUGGAGGAGCUCCAGGCCUACAACCGGCGGCUGCUGCACAACAUCCUGCCCAAGGACGUGGCUGCCCACUUCCUGGCCCGGGAGCGCCGGAAUGAUGAGCUCUACUACCAGUCUUGUGAGUGUGUGGCCGUCAUGUUCGCCUCCAUUGCCAACUUCUCUGAGUUCUAUGUGGAGCUGGAGGCCAACAACGAGGGCGUUGAGUGCUUGCGGCUGCUCAACGAGAUCAUUGCUGACUUUGAUGAGAUUAUCAGCGAGGAGCAGUUCCGGCAGCUGGAGAAGAUCAAGACGAUUGGUAGCACCUACAUGGCAGCCUCGGGGCUGAACGCCAGCACCUACGAUCAGGUGGGCCGCUCCCACGUUGCGGCCCUUGCGGACUACGCCAUGCGGCUCAUGGAGCAGAUGAAGCACAUCAAUGAGCACUCCUUCAACAACUUCCAGAUGAAGAUCGGGCUGAACAUGGGCCCAGUCGUGGCAGGUGUUAUUGGAGCUCGGAAGCCACAGUAUGACAUCUGGGGGAACACAGUAAAUGUCUCUAGUCGCAUGGACAGCACAGGGGUCCCUGACCGGAUACAGGUGACCACGGACCUGUACCAGGUUUUAGCUGCCAAGGGCUACCAACUGGAGUGUCGAGGGGUGGUCAAGGUGAAGGGCAAGGGGGAGAUGACCACCUAUUUCCUCAAUGGGGGCCCCAGCAGUUAGCAGGGCCCUGCUGCAGAUUCCACUGAAGGGACCAAGGCGGGUGUUGAGUGUGCUCUGUGCUUGCUGGGUGGAGCUGGGCGGGGACCCUGAGCCUCCAGACCUUGCUGAUCGUGGCCAGAGGGAUGGAGCACCCAGGCCAGCUGCACCUCUGUGCAGACUGCCCUCAGCCUGGGAACAGGGACACCUAGAAGAUUAUCCAACUGACUUUUUAAUUGGGGUAGGGCUGUUUCUUCUAGCUUUUGGGAGCAGUAGAGGAAGCAGCACAGACAGGGGAACCCUCAGGCCUGAGAGAUUAAAAGGGCAGUUUGCUUGCUUACCUUUUCCCCAUCUAGACUGACGCAGGGCUGGCUCUUUCCUUUCGGUUUCCUGGGAGCAGGCGCAGGGAGUGCCUGCUCCAUACCUGCCUUUGCGUGCUGCAUUCCCAGCACUAGUCUUGGGCCUGCUGGUCCUAUGCAGGUCCCCCUCCUAGCACAGGGCAGCUGUUCUGAGGAUCCGGCUGUACCCACAUUUCAGGGGAAUGUUUCCAUUUGCCAAAUCCUAGUCCUGGGAUCCGUCCCCAAAGGGGAGCAGAAGGACCUGGGACAGUUCAGCUUUAGCCCCAGCUCCUGCACAUUCCAGGGAGAGGGGUGUCUGGCCUCACUGGCACUGUGAGAAGGCCCAGCCAGAGCCAGCAUGGUGUGGCUGUGGAGGGUCAGAUGGCCAGAAGCUGGGCAGUCACCUACAGGUGCCAAAGAACGCAGGCAGCUGGGUCGGGCACGGUGCCAGGCUUGAUCCGAGGCUCAGCUCUAGCUAGGAUCAGCCUUCUCG